CUACACAUCAUGGUAAGGAAUCUCAAGGAUAUUGCGCAGCCGAUUACGCCACCGCGCUCCGGUGCACGACCUGGCGAAUAUGAAUGCGAUAUCGAGCAUGGGGGUAUCUUAUACUCCUUGCGAUGGACUGGCAAUCUCGACUAUCCCUCUUUGAUAAAUUUCCCGUACCUCCCGACCUGUGAAGUAUCCCGUGUAGAAGAGAGCCCCUCUAUAGCUCUCCUCCGCAGGAAAUCCACACUGGAAGACUUUGGAUCUCACGCGUGCGUUCGGCGAGUUCAUUCACAGCCUUACCCGAUCGUCAAGCUCGCACAUCCCGAUACACAAUCAACAGACCUGAUUCAAUACGAGUAUACGAUACUCAAGCUUCUAGCGCCGUUGAACUUACCAAUACCAGCCUUCUCCGACACACCUAUCUUUGAUCAUGGCAAUAUAUGUGGGUAUCAGAUGGAGGAGCUCUUCAAAUUGAGCCGGGAUGAGAUACUUUCCCGGUCGAGGGAUAUCUCACAGGCAGUAGAAAGCUUUCACAGAGCUGGCUAUUCACAUGGCGAUCUAAGUCAGAGCAACAUCAUGAAGACUGUUCAAGGAAAUAUUGUAUUGAUAGACUUCAGCUGCAGUGGUUUGGUUGGUACAAAGGUGCCAGCCUGUAUUCCAGGUUGGGCUUAUGGAGGGCAGACAUUCGAUACUAGCGGAGAUAAGAAACGACUUAACGAGCUCUUGCACUGACAAUAUGUCUCCCUAGAAGUCGUAUCAAGGUUUAUGAUCCGGUCACCACCCAGAAAAGGCCGUAAUCACAUUGUCUGUAACGCUUGUGCAUCCGCUUUUCCCGCAAGGCUGUACACCUCCAACCUUGACCGUACACCAACAGUUCGACCGUCUUCUGACAUCCUGCGUACACAUUUGAGAGGGGAUUCAAGGCUGCUACUGAGUGUUCAGCGUGUCAGAAAGGAGUCAUGGCCUGUUAACUCACACCAAGGAUGGCUCUUCAGAAACUGAUUUGCACAACUUGAACCACCAAUUUGUAGAUAAAAUUAUUUGAUAGAUACAGAUUUGGACAGACAAUUUUCGCUUUAGUAGCUAACUUCCUGCAAACUUGCAAUUGAAGUUCAUUUAACCACCUACGAGUUGUAUUACUAAUGCCCUGUCUGUGCGGGGUUAUGUCUCCUUCAUCAAUAACUAUACAGGGGUUGUACGUUGGGAGCGUGCGCCUAUCUGAGCAGUACGAUAUACUAUCUACCACAGGCAAUCUCGGAAGACUUCUUGACUCGUAUUC